UCCGCCAGACCCGGAGCAGUAGCUCCGCCCACAACGCACCGCCCCAGCCCCGGCGCCUUAAAACCCGGUGCACACCGCCCAGCCGCGCCCCGUCUGGCGCACCUCUUCUCUCCUCUGGACCUUCAGCCGCAGCCGCUCUCCCGGCCCUGGUCCCAGCACCAUGAGCUUCGGCUCGGAGCACUACCUGUGCGCCUCCUCCUACCGCAAGGUGUUUGGAGAUGGCUCUCGCCUAUCCUCGCGCCUCUCCAGCGCCGGUGGCGCGGGUAGCUUCCGCUCGCAGUCGCUGUCCCGCUGCAAUGUCGCCUCCUCGGCCGCCUGCUCCUCGGCCUCGUCGCUCGGCCUGGGCCUAGCCUACCGCCGGGCCCCGGCAUCCGACGGGCUGGACCUGAGUCAGGCGGCGGCGCGCACCAAUGAGUACAAGAUUAUCCGCACCAACGAGAAGGAGCAGCUGCAGGGCCUCAACGACCGCUUCGCUGUGUUCAUCGAGAAGGUGCACCAGCUGGAGACGCAGAACCGCGCGCUCGAGGCCGAACUGGCCGCGCUGCGACAGCGCCACGCCGAGCCGUCGCGCGUCGGCGAGCUCUUCCAGCGCGAGCUGCGCGACCUGCGCGCGCAGCUGGAGGAGGCGAGCUCGGCGCGCGCGCAGGCCCUGCUGGAGCGCGACGGGCUGGCCGAGGAGGUGCAGCGGCUUCGGGCGCGCUGCGAGGAAGAGAGCCGAGGGCGCGAAGGCGCGGAGCGCGCCCUGAAGGCGCAGCAGCGCGACGUGGACGGCGCCACGCUGGCCCGCCUGGACCUGGAGAAGAAGGUGGAGUCGCUGCUGGACGAGCUGGCCUUCGUGCGCCAGGUGCACGACGAGGAGGUGGCCGAGCUGCUGGCCACGCUGCAGGCGUCGUCGCAGGCCGCGGCCGAGGUGGACGUGGCUGUGGCCAAACCAGACCUGAGUUCGGCGCUGAGGGAGAUCCGCGCCCAGUAUGAGUCCCUGGCUGCCAAGAACCUCCAGUCAGCCGAGGAGUGGUACAAGUCCAAGUUUGCCAACCUGAACGAGCAGGCAGCGCGCAGCACCGAGGCCAUCCGGGCAAGCCGUGAGGAGAUUCACGAGUACCGGCGCCAGCUGCAGGCCCGCACCAUCGAGAUUGAAGGGCUGCGUGGGGCCAAUGAGUCCCUGGAGAGGCAGAUCCUGGAGCUGGAGGAGCGGCACAGUGCAGAGGUGGCUAGCUACCAGGAUAGCAUCGGGCAGCUGGAGAAUGAUCUGAGGAACACCAAGAGUGAGAUGGCUCGCCACCUUCGGGAAUACCAGGACUUGCUCAAUGUCAAAAUGGCUCUUGAUAUUGAGAUUGCCGCUUACAGGAAACUGCUGGAAGGCGAAGAGACACGUUUUAGCACCAGUGGAUUAAGCAUUUCAGGGCUGAAUCCACCUCCCAAUCCGGGUUAUCUGCUCCCACCUAGAAUCCUCAGUUCUACAACCUCCAAAGUCUCAUCCACUGGGCUGUCUCUUAAGAAAGAGGAGGAGGAGGAGGAAGAGGUUUCUAAGGUGGCCUCUAAGAAAACCUCCCAGAUAGGAGAAAGUUUUGAAGAAAUACUGGAGGAGACGGUCAUAUCUACUAAGAAAACCGAGAAAUCGAAUAUAGAAGAAAGUACCACUUCAAGCCAAAAAAUUUAAUUCUGUUGCUUUAAUAAGGUUAAUGCUUAAGAGGGGAUAAUAUGCAUUUGACUUGUUAAAGAGCCUAUUCCUGAACCAAAACACCUGUCACCACUAUAAAAUGUCUUCAAGGCUUCAGUCUAUUUAGCAUUGAAUCCUUACUUUCUCUAAUAAGAAAAGCACCCCUUAGGUUGGAGCAAGCUGCAGUCCUAGCACAACCACAGAGGAGUUAUCUAAGAAUUCCGCUUUCUCACCUAAAGCUCAGGCUUCACAGCAUUAGAUGAUUCAGGUACAGAGGAAGUACAAAUCAAGGUGCUAAAUCUGUGAUCAUCGUCAUUUGCUGUGAAUUGAAAUUAAAACCUGUAUUUGCUCGCUAUACCC